AUGAAGAGUGGUUAUAUCAAAGACGAUCAGCUGACGGCUUCCAGUUGGAACACGACGUGGUACUACCAACCCUGGGAGGCCAGAUUAAAUGGGUCCAGAGCCUGGCAGACUAACACCACGGAUCCGUCACCAUGGUUACAGGUGGAUCUUCGCCCGCCAGGUUCCCCUCGGUACAUCACGUCCGUCCAGACCCAGGGUCUAUGGCAGGGUUGGAUAGCUUCAUACUCCGUGCAGAUCAGCAACGACACAACGGACUGGGUUUCAUACGAGAAGAAUUUUACUGGCAACAAUGACGGAAGGUCAAUAGUACAGGUCGAUGUGGACCCGCACAUUUAUGCCAACUUUCUCCGGAUCUACCCGAACACCUGUCACGGGGCGUUAUGUCGGCUCAGGAUGGAGCUGAUUGGCUGCGACGGAAUUGACCACUGUGGUUUUUUCUUCAUCUUUAUGUUGUCAACAGAUAUUGACGAAUGUGUGUCCGGUCCAUGUCAAAAUGGCGGCACCUGUACCGACGGAGUGAAUGGUUACAGUUGCACAUGCGCACCAGGGUUCACCGGUCAAACAUGUGGGAUAGAUAUUGACGAAUGUGUGUCCGGUCCAUGUCAAAAUGGCGGCUCCUGUACCGACGGAGUGAAUGGUUACAGUUGCACAUGCGCACCAGGGUUCACCGGUCAAACAUGUGGGAUAGAUAUUGACGAAUGUGUGUCCGGUCCAUGUCAAAAUGGUGGCACCUGUACCGACGGAGUGAAUGGUUACAGUUGCACAUGCGCACCAGGGUUCACCGGUCAAACAUGUGGGAUAGAUAUUGACGAAUGUCUGUCCGGUCCAUGUCAAAAUGGCGGCUCCUGUAUCGACGGAGUGAAUGGUUACAGUUGCACAUGCGCACCAGGGUUCACCGGUCAAACAUGUGGGAUAGAUAUUGACGAAUGUGUGUCCGGUCCAUGUCAAAAUGGCGGCUCCUGUAUCGACGGAGUGAAUGGUUACAGUUGCACAUGCGCACCAGGGUUCACCGGUCAAACAUGUGGGAUAGAUAUUGACGAAUGUGUGUCCGGUCCAUGUCAAAAUGGCGGCACCUGUACCGACGGAGUGAAUGGUUACAGUUGCACAUGCGCACCAGGGUUCACCGGUCAAACAUGUGGGAUAGAUAUUGACGAAUGUGUGUCUGGUCCAUGUCAAAAUGGCGGCACCUGUACCGACGGAGUGAAUGGUUACAGUUGCACAUGCGCACCAGGGUUCACCGGUCAAACAUGUGGGAUAGAUAUUGACGAAUGUGUGUCCGGUCCAUGUCAAAAUGGCGGCACCUGUACCGACGGAGUGAAUGGUUACAGUUGCACAUGCGCACCAGGGUUCACCGGUCAAACAUGUGGAACAGAUAUUGACGAAUGUGUGUCCGGUCCAUGUCAAAAUGGCGGCACCUGUACCGACGGAGUGAAUGGUUACAGUUGCACAUGCGCACCAGGGUUCACCGGUCAAACAUGUGGGACAGAUAUUGACGAAUGUGUGUCUGGUCCAUGUCAAAAUGGCGGCACCUGUACCGACGGAGUGAAUGGUUACAGUUGCACAUGCGCACCAGGGUUCACCGGUCAAACAUGUGGGAUAGCUACGUUUUCAUUGUCCGGUCCAUGUCAAAAUGGCGGCACCUGUACCGACGGAGUGAAUGGUUACAGUUGCACAUGCGCACCAGGGUUCACCGGUCAAACAUGUGGGAUAGAUAUUGACGAAUGUCUGUCCGGUCCAUGUCAAAAUGGCGGCACCUGUACCGACGGAGUGAAUGGUUACAGUUGCACAUGCGCACCAGGGUUCACCGGUCAAACAUGUGGGACAGAUAUUGACGAAUGUGUGUCCGGUCCAUGUCAAAAUGGCGGCACCUGUACCGACGGAGUGAAUGGUUACAGUUGCACAUGCGCACCAGGGUUCACCGGUCAAACAUGUGGGACAGAUAUUGACGAAUGUGUGUCUGGUCCAUGUCAAAAUGGCGGCACCUGUACCGACGGAGUGAAUGGUUACAGUUGCACAUGCGCACCAGGGUUCACCGGUCAAACAUGUGGGAUAGAUAUUGACGAAUGUGUGUCUGGUCCAUGUCAAAAUGGCGGCACCUGUACCGACGGAGUGAAUGGUUACAGUUGCACAUGCGCACCAGGGUUCACCGGUCAAACAUGUGGGAUAGAUAUUGACGAAUGUCUGUCCGUUCCAUGUCAAAAUGGCGGCACCUGUACCGACGGAGUGAAUGGUUACAGUUGCACAUGCGCACCAGGGUUCACCGGUCAAACAUGUGGGAUAGAUAUUGACGAAUGUCUGUCAGGUCCAUGUCAAAAUGGCGGCACCUGCACCGAUGGAGUUAAUGGCUACAAUUGCACAUGCGCACCAGGGUACACCGGGCAGACAUGUGUAAUAAAUGUUGACGAAUGUCUGUCAGGUCCAUGUCAAAAUGGCGGCUCCUGUAUCGACGGAGUGAAUGGCUACAGUUGCACAUGCGCACCAGGGUACACCGGGCAGACAUGCGUGACAGAUACCGACGAGUGUGCAUCUAGCCCCUGCGCCAACAACGGCACAUGUAUUGAUGACGUCAACGGCUACACGUGUAUUUGUUCUAACGGCUUUAACGGUCGGAAUUGUCAAACAGAUAUUGACGAAUGCUUGUCAAGUCCCUGCCUUAACGGUGGAACGUGUACCAAUGACGCAAACAGAUACACAUGCGUCUGUGCAGCCGGAUUUAACGGUAAAAUCUGUGAAAAUGAAUUGACUACAACAAACUUGCCUCCAACUGUAACUCCGACUCCCGGUAAGGACAAAGUGACAGUUGGUGUAACAAAACCAGGAGCUUCAGGAGGGACGGACUUCCUCUCAGUGUCUGCCGCAGACGUCGCCUGGAUCGCCCUGUGGACAGCCGUGGCCGUGGCCAUCUUACUGCUGCUCAUCAGCGUCAUAGCUCUCUGCUGCUGCCUGGUCAAGACUUGGAAGAAGGACAGGAGGGUUGAAAGCGACGAAGAGUUGAUACUUGCCCACCGUGAUUCAACUAUUGGGGUUGGCCGACCUCGUCCCAGGAAGCUAUCGCCUGCAGUCCGGUUCCCAACAGAAAGGAGGCGUUGUGACACCACAAAGAAGUCGCCAAUGAAAGUAAGUCUGACGGAUGUGGAGACGCCGGUGAUCAUCCCCCGUCCGUACGUCAGGAACUACAACUCACCGUGGGACCCCCUGGACUUUUAGAUAGUAGCCAAUGGGAGAAGGGGAAAUGUGACGUCACAGGCUAGGUGCCAUGUUGGUUGGUUAAAUUUGUAAUUGAUGGGGCACACCCUCCGUUAUUUCAAUGUACAAUUCCUCGAAUUUAGAACCCACAAUUCGGGUUCUUAAUUCGAGGAUGUACAUCCACAAGUCUACAGACCGUCUUUUCUACUGCAUAUUUCUAAAGUAAUCAAUGAUAAGAACGUGUAUAGUAAUGAAGGAUAUUCUACCUAUAACAGAAGUCGAGUUUCAGUUUCUUUAACCUCUUACUAGCAGUAAGAGGGGAGGGGGGGGACUACUUAGAGAGCAGGCUCUAUGAGUCGGGCUUUUUAUGAGCUAUUUUAUCACUGGUGGCAUAUCAGUUGUAUUGCACAGGUUUCUUUUUCUCUACUACACAAUAAGAACCACGUGCAAUAGAAUUACUGAUGUGCCAUCAGAAAAACAUAUCAUGGACUUCCAGUAGAGUCCAUACAUUCCUAUGUGAUGUCAUCAUCGUAAAUGCAACUUCCAAGCUUAAUUAAUGGCAGAAAUUUUAAAAUAUUUCACUUAGAAAUAUUUCUUACCAGUUCUACCUAUCAACAUCAAUCAAUCAAGCCACAAGACAUGAAAAUGCUUGAAACUAUUUGUAAUUUUAUUACUAUUAACAUUUCCAUUCACAUGUACAUAUUGUACAGAACAUAUGUACAUGUUUAAUUGUUAGCAACAAAAUAAAGCUUACAACUGCAGUACAGUAUCACAGCCAUGGAUAUGAACGUAAAGUAUUUUUGGUACUUUUACAAGUAUACAAGGGGCAAUAAUAACUAUAAGUAUCAAAGUUUUGUUCCAGGUAGAGGAAAAAUAGACAUUUUAUUGGAAUCAAUGUUAAUUUUUGGCUCAAUUGGCAUUAGAACUUGGCUAGCACUGGCUAAUAUCUUGUUUAUACUUUUUAUAUCACAUUACAUUACGUACCUUUUUUUAAACAAUGAAGGCAUGUUGUAAUUUUCCUGAUCAUCAAAGUAUUUUCAAGUUGUGAGCAAAAUCCACUCCUUAAUUAAUGCAUCAAUUCAGAGAUUUCAACAGGAACUUAUGUGUCCAUUUGUUAUUCAUAAAAAUCAAAACAUUUGGGAAUCAACUAAAUUUCCACCUUCAAUACCAUGUAUGGUCAUUUCACAAAUUGACAUUUUUACAACCUUCAAGGCAACAUAAAAUUCCAAAUCAUUUACAUACAAUGAAGUACAUGUUGUAUCAGGAUUUCUUACAUAUAAGUUUCAUCCAGCAGUGUAAAUUUUUCAUGAUUUGCGGGGGUUGUUUUUUUUUCAAAUCAUUCUUUACACAGCACUGUAAGGAUUCCAUUAUACACAAUAUUAAUAGAUGGCAUCUGCCCGCGUAUCAAUUUUUGUCUGUUUCCCAAAAAACUUUCUCAACUACACUGUAAAUUGUACAAAGCAGCUGCAGCAGGAGCAAGUACAUACCAUACAGAUUGCAAAAUAUAGCAGAAAAGUAAAACUUAUGUCGUAGAAUGUCACUGUCAUUUCCAAAGUCAACAAAGAAAAUGAGAAAGAAUUAAAAUUCUUCAGUAUACAAUA